CUGCCGGCUUUGUGGUGCACGAGACUGUGAGGUUCUCGUGAAGAGAGUUCCAGGAGACUCGGCUUUAGUGCGAGUUCUGACCCUGAAAGAUGGAUAAGGCUGAGAAGGACGAGAAGACGGAGAAGGCGGAGAGUAACAAUGUCAGCGACCCUCCAAAACAGGCGAAGACGCGUCUCACGCCAUGCCUGGUGAUGGCCGCCUUCUUCGGGGCCCUGGGGUCCUCCUAUCUCUACGGCUACAACCUGUCGGUGGUCAACGCCCCUGCGUUGUACAUUAAGAGCUUCUAUAACAGGACCUGGCUGGAGCGCUAUGGGGAGCCCAUGGGGGCUGAGACCAUCACACUGCUGUGGUCCAUCACCGUCUCCAUCUUUGCCAUCGGGGGGCUCCUCGGAGCGCUCGGGGUCUCUGUGCUCAUCAAGGUCCUUGGCAGGAAGGGCACCUUGCUCCUGAACAACGCCUUUGCAGUGAUCGCCGCCUUACUGAUGGCUCUGGGUGAGAGGGCAGGGUCCUUUGAGAUGCUGGUCGUGGGGCGAUUCCUGAUCGGGGUAGACUCUGGCAUUGCACUCAGCGCCCUGCCCAUGUACCUGGGGGAGAUCUCCCCCCGAGAGAUCCGCGGCUCCAUCGGCCAGUUCAACUCCAUCUUCAUCUGCGUUGGUGUCUUCACGGGACAGGUGCUAGGGCUGCCCGAAUUCCUAGGACAGGAGUCCAGGUGGAACUUCCUGUUCGCCUUCCUGGCGGUCCCGGCCCUGCUACAGCUCUGUGUGCUGCCCUUCCUGCCAGAGAGCCCCCGCUACCUGCUGAUGGAGCGCCGGGACGAGGCCCGGGCCGAGAAAGCGUUCCAGGCCUUCCUGGGGAAGAAGGACGUGACGAAGGAGCUGGAGGAGGUCCACAUGGAGAGCCGCGCUCAGAACAACCUGCGCGUCGUGACCGUGGCCGAGCUGCUCCGAAACCGCGCCGUGCGCUGGCAGGUCAUCACCGUCAUCGUCACCAUGGCCUGCUACCAGCUGUGCGGCCUCAACGCUAUCUGGUACUACACCAAUGGGAUCCUGACGGAGGCAGGCUUUCACCAGAGCUCAGUCCCUUACGUCACUUUAAGCACGGGCGGAGUGGAGACCCUGGCGGCCAUUUGCUCGGGCCUGGUAAUCGAGCGUGUGGGAAGAAGGCCGCUGCUCAUUUUCGGCUUCACCGCCAUGGCCGUCUCGUUUGGCCUGCUCACCAUUUUCCUCAAUUUCCAGAACCAGGUGGACUGGAUGCCGUACCUCAGCUUUGCCUGUAUACUGGCAGUAAUCGCCUCUUUCUGCUCCGGUCCAGGUGGAAUCCCCUUCAUUCUGACGGGAGAGCUCUUUGAGCAGUCCUACAGACCAGCUGCAUUUGUGAUCGCUGGAACCAUUAACUGGCUCUCCAAUUUCGCCGUGGGCCUGCUGUUCCCUUUCAUCCAGGAGGCCCUGGAGACCUACGCCUUCCUGGUGUUCCUGGUGGUCUGUGUGCUGGGAGCUGUGUUCCUGUACUUCAUCCUGCCUGAGACCAAGAACAAGACCUUCAUGGAGAUCAGCCAGAGCUUCUCCAAGAUCAACAAAGUGUCAGACCCUACCCCUGACAAGGAGAUGGAGGUGGUGCUAUCCAUUGUAGCGGGCUCCCAGGAUGUACCAAAUGGCAAAAUGGGCAGUGUCGUUGAGAUGGAGAGCUCUUUCUAAUGGACUGACUGGAGGGCAAGCCACUGUUGCUGUGGGCCACCACUUUUAAAAUGUUUUUGUAUACAUAUGUAAAGUAUAAUUGCACAAAUUGCCUGAGCAUUAGAACAAAUACCAGUGCCUUUUCCAAUUCAUUUUUCUAGAAUUUGCAUACUUUUUGUAGAUUUACAUAAGUCUCCUUUUUGAAUAAAACAGUGAAAUCGGAUUAUUAUCUUUGUUAUUUUAUUUAUAUCAAGGGCUAAUUUCUGUCAGAAAAAAGGUGGAAUUCAAUGUUUCAGGUUCAAGUCUUGGGCACUGUUGUGUUACCAUUU